AUGCAAACAUCAAGUAGUAUUGAUGAUCACAAUAUUCAAAUUGAAUCAUCCGAUGAAGAUAUGAUCGAAGGGAAGGCACAUGGAGGCCUAACUAUAACAACGCGAGUUCCAGAGAUAAAUUACAUAUAUCAGAGGAAGUUAGUCCAUGUCGAAGUUGCGAAACUCCUAAGUGUCGUGUUUGAAGAAAUGCCACAACCGAGCAAAUCACAGCUCGAAAAAAUGCACAUCGAUCAAAUAAUAUAUGAUGCCAUACAACAUGGAAAUCUUGAAUUUAUAAAAGAAAUGAUUAAAUGGAAUCCUGAAAUUAUAAGGAAAAAGGAUAAAAAUGGAAAAACAAUUUUUUCGCACGCAAUUGCUUUGCGUCAAGAGGAGAUUUAUAGCCUUAUAUUUGAUUUAGGAACAAAGAAGAGUAUAAUUUCAAAGAAGCAUGAUAUUUUUAAGAACAAUUUUUUACAUCUUGCUGCAAAAUUAUCUCCUCCGUCUCAACUUGAGAGGGUAUCUGGAGAAGCCCUACAAAUGCAAAGGGAACUGCAAUGGUUUAAGGAAGUCGAGAACAUAGUACAACCCAAACUCAAAGAGGAAAAAAAUGAGUUCAACAAAACCCCCGAAAUGGUAUUCAGAGAUGAACACAAGAAAUUAGCCAAAGAAGCAGAGAACCGGAUGAAAAACACAGCAACAUCAAGCAUGAUAGUGGGCACUCUAAUUGCUGCUGUAAUGUUCACAACAGCUUUCACAGUACCAGGUGGAAAUAAAAACGACACAGGAUUGCCAACAAUGUUGGAAACUCAAAGGACUCCAUUCUUGAUUUUCAUGAUUUCAAAUGCCUUGUCGAUGUUCAGUUCGAGUAUGUCACUGUUGAUGUUCUUAGGAAUUCUUAAGACGCGUUAUGCAGAAGAAGAAUUUCUCAAGUCCUUACCUUUUAAAUUAAUAAUUGGACUGACGUCUCUGUUCUUUUCGAUUGUUACCAUGAUGGCAUCCUUUGGUUCUGCAAUGUAUUUGAUUCUGCAGGAGAAGUUGUCUUGGGUUACCAUUCCGAUCAUCGUCCUUUCAACAAUUCCGAUAGUAAUUUUCUCCAUCUUGCAGUUUCCUCUCUUGAUUGAGAUGACAAUUCGGACUUUUGGAGCGGGGAUAUUUGAUAAACCUAAGAAGAAAUCUUGUUUUGCUAGGUUCCGAGCAUGUUGGCAAGGUUGAAUAAAUAGUAUUUGAUACUACUGAGGAAGAAAAAGAAUAAUAUCAAUCAUGCUAUACGGUACUGCUGAAUAUGGUGUCCCAAAUGUGCUCUUAGUUCAUUUUGGUUUCUGUCAUUUUCUAAAUGUUGAUGUAUCCAUCGUGUGUUGUUUAUAUGAAUUCAACUCGCUGAAG